AGGAUAGUUUGUGUUCUUUCGAAGUUUCGUGCUCGUGAAAUCAGUAUGGUUUGCAACAAUUGUUCAGUGUUCUGACCUUCAGAUUACUAGCAAUGAGUUGGUCUUGCUUUGCAUCGCGCUCGGCGUCUUGCCUUGCGUCGAUCUGCAAGCGGGAGCCCUUGCAUGUCGUUCCCAGCGUAGUAUCGACAAGCUGCAGAAAAUCACAUUAUAGCCCUAGAUACAUCACUCUUGAGGAAAGAGAACCUGCAGAACAGGACAGGAUGGUUAGAGAGCAACUGGAGGACACUGCUGGUCCGGAGGUUGUGAAGUUCCCAAAUCCGUACGCUGGACGCUCAGGAAAAGUUGCCUGGUUAUCUGAUCAUCGUGGUGUGAAGAAAACUUUGGAUCGAAUUGUAACAGUCGAUCUGGAUAAAGUAUUCGCUCCUCGGAUCAACCGGCCAAGACCUCCUAGGUUUAUGCUGGCCACAGACGAGCAAUUGGAUGUGUUGGAGGAAGCUGUACUGGACAGAGCCAUGGAUUUAUUGAAUCGGCCUCCUAUUUAUUUGCAGCGCGAGAAUAUUCCUGAAGACGAGCGACUUAUCCAAAAGAACCCGGAAAUUGAUGGUUAUGCUAACGCCAAAGUUGUCGUAAUUAACGUUGACAACGACCUUCAGGAUGAUGAGCGGCAUGUGUAUGUGAGGCAAGAGAACGGGGAUCUUGAGCACGCUGACUAUGAUGUGCGAGACCGCAUGCUUCUCACCUACUUCCGCUUGGAUUCACGGCGUAUCUUCCCGGAGCCUGUGUUCCACCCAGUCACAGUCCAGAAAGUGCUAGGCAUGGGAAGGCACAAGGAAAUGCUGGACAGAAUUUUCCUGCAGUUCUCUGGCGACUCAUCGCAGUACAUAAAUCUUACGGAGCAAGUGUAUGAAGAUGUGUACUGCCGCGGCUGCUACGAAGUGUUGGACUCUACUUGUCACUUUGGUAAUCUGAUCUAUUAUCUGUGCCGUGAAGGCCGGUGGCAGGGUGUCUACCACUACUUCAAGAGCAAGAACAGAGUGUGUCAGGCAGCUGAUUUGUAUCGUUUAGCUAUGACCUUGACGAAGAAUGAGAGAGAGUCUAAGCUUUUGGCCGACUACCUCGUGACAUUAGAAGAUAUCCCGCAGGCUGAGAAGGAGCUCAUGGACAGAGAGCUGGUGAUGGAAGCAGAAAAGCUGUUGGGCAAGGCUGAGGAAGACCCUACUGAGGCAGCCACGGAAGAGAGCGCGUGACACUGGCAUUCCUCUCUUUAUAUUUUUAAUUUAUGUACAAAGUCAUUUGCAAAUCCCAAUCUUUUUCAUGCCUAGCACAAAACAGGUUGUCAUAGUAACCACUGAAUCACGUGAGCUCAUGUACAUAACUUCCAGCAUUUACAUGGAAGGUUGUUAACUUACUUUGCCAUGGCAAUGAAACUUGUUGAUAGUGUAGUGAAGCACUGGUGUUUGUGUCACGGCUUUCACUGUAGACCAGCUCAUGUUUUCCUGGCAUUCGGUUGAAAGAUUUUCCUCCUGUGUGGCGAGCAUCGCCUCUGCACCCAGA